AGCCCCGCCUCUUCGUCGCCGUCCCCGGAAACGCUUCUUUCCUACGCAGUCGCUGCGGCAGCGGCUGUCGCGGGAGCUGCCUCUCUAGGCCGCCAGGGCCUCUCCUCCAUGGUUCCGUCUGUCAGUGUUGUUUGGGGGGGCCACCCGGUGAGGCUGGGCCGCGCCUCGACGCUUGGCCCCUCGAGUCGGCCAACGGUGCGGUGAACGUCCGAGGUCCAUGGCUCGGCGGCGCUGACUCGGGUCCGGGCACGGCGGGACCCCGCGGGCCGGCAUGGCGGGCCAGUUCCGCAGCUACGUGUGGGACCCGUUACUGAUCCUGUCGCAGAUCGUCCUCAUGCAGACCGUCUACUACGGCUCGCUGGGCUUGUGGCUGGCGCUGGUGGACGCGCUGGUUCGCAGCAGCCCUUCGCUGGACCAGAUGUUCGACGACCAGAUCCUGGGUUUUUCCACUCCUCCAGGCCGGCUCUCCAUGAUGUCCUUCGUCCUUAACGCCCUCACCUGUGCCCUGGGCUUGCUGUAUUUCAUCCGGCGGGGGAAGCAGUGUCUGGAUUUCACUGUCACUGUCCAUUUCUUUCACCUCCUGGGCUGCUGGUUCUACAGCUCCCGGUUCCCCUCGGCGCUGACCUGGUGGCUAGUGCAAGCUGUGUGCAUUGCGCUCAUGGCUGUCAUCGGGGAGUACCUGUGCAUGCGGACGGAGCUCAAGGAGAUCCCCCUCAACUCGGCCCCUAAAUCCAAUGUCUAGAAUGGGGCCCUUUGGAUACCCUGCUGGGUACUUGGCCCACUCGCCCCCCGCACCACCACCACCAACACAUUGGGCUGCUCAGAACCUCCAGAUGAGGUUGGGCCCAGGUCUGAGAGGAACCCUGCAAAUGUGAAGUCUCUGUUGGUGAGGGAGAGUGAGUGAGGCCUGGUGGAGAAGGCAGGUAGCAAGCAGAUCACAGCUGCAAGGAUGGCCUCUGACUGCCGAAGCCUUGGUAUCUGGGAGGUCAGCGAGGGGACCUCUUUCAGGGGAAUGACAGAGUUGGAACCAUGUCACUCUUGAGCCAUCAUACCUGUCACCAGCCUGUUAUUUUAAAAAAGAAAAAAAUCAAGGAUCUAUGAUUGGAGCAAACUGCUCUUCUAGUCUUCUAUCUUGCCUCCCUGGGACAGCUCUGACCUUUGUCAUGUUGCCGAACCACGGCUAUUCUGUUUGGAGAAACGGUUUCCGGAUCCACAGCCACAGAAAGAGAUGUAGGUGCACAGUAUUAGCUGCUGCCAGGGAGCGGCAGCAGGUGGAGGCAUCAGGAACAAGGGAAGUGCACGGGAGGGCCCGCGCCCUGCUCCACUGCUCCACUCGUCCAGACCCAUGAAUCCGUGACUGACUCUCAGUUCUCUCUGCUGGGCCCCGCCCUGCUGCCAGCUUUCAACAUAGCAAAGAAGGACCCAGAGAAUAAUCCCAGCAUCCAUCGCGUCCUGUCUUAUCCUCACAGUUGGGUCACUGCCUGUUCUCGAGGAAUGACCAGACAGCCCGGCUCUCACCGGAACUCAGGCAGUAGUUCCUUGUUCCUGCCUUAUUUGGAAUUCUCCAGUGGGAAGGGAAUGGUGGGUGCCUGACCUCGCAGCUUGAGCUGUGUUGAUAGUGCCGUGGGAGAUAGGAAUUUGCUGCUAAGAAUUUUCUUUGGAGUGGGGUGUUUUCUGUGAGGGGCUUGCAGCUGUCCUUCCCAGGUAUAUAAAUACAGUAUUUUCCACAAUUUUGCCUGUACUUACUUUUUAAUGCCAUGGCUGGGACUGAGACCGCCACAUAGCCAGACAAGGGAGCUGUCAAGAAUUAUUAGGACACCUCCAUUCCUGGAUCCCAGAUUCUUCUUCUUUUGGUUAAAAUACUGAGUGCAGGGGACUCCUUUGUCCCACUCCCUCUACCCGCAGCCCCCUCUGCUAGGCCUUGGAUGGACCCCUGUCACCCAGUUUUUCUUUCAUACCUGUGGUUUCUGAAUUGCUCGGAGAAACACACUGGCCUAGACCCACUUUGGCAUUGAAACCUUUGCUGUUUCUCUGGAGCCCGCCCGAGUGUGCUGUCAGUGGCCACUUAGUCCGAUGAGCUAGGCGCCGUCACUUCCCUCACUUUGCAGGCAGAGAAACUGAGCGCUAGGGGUGAACUGCCUUCUCUAACAUCACAUCGCUGACAGGAAGCUUGUCCUGUUUGCCUCAAAGCCUCAUCUUUUCGUGUUCUAAUCACCUUUGAGUGGUAAAUGAGCCAGAUGGGGGUGGGGGGAGAUAUUCUCAGGAAUCUGGAUACCGUUUCAGCAAAAGGUUGUGAAUGUGAACCUCAGAUGGGCUUUUGAAAGUGCUGCUAGUUCCUGAAAGUGGGCAACUUGGCAGCUGCUUAUAACAGAGACAGCGCCAGCGCCAUGCCUUGCCUUGAGAUUUCAUUAACGUGCGGGGCCAGGGAGGUGGCAGGGAAAAGGCCAAGCAUUUCUUCACCCUUAUGGGCCUGUGGAUGAUGUAGACUUCACCAACAUCAAGCCUCAUUUGCUCAAAGCAUCUGAAAUGGAGCUUAGUAUCCUCAUUUUCUAAAUAGAUGAACCGGGCUUUUUUUAGAGGUCAUGUGACUCAAGAGUCACUCUGAUUCAAACACUCGAAGUUAAUUUUUCCCUUAGUUAACUGCCCAAGUAAAGAUCUAGAAGAGGGGCCUUGGCUUGGUUAAACAAAGGAAGGGCAGUAGUGGAGAGACCCAGACUGUGGGACUGUGGGAAGCAGGUUGCUAUAGGCCCAAGUGCCAGCGCAGUAGAGAUGAAGCCGGAAGGAAUGAACUGCUAGGGUUUCCUCCGGAACGCAGGCUAACCUUGCUCCACAGUGGCGCCCUGGCCACUGCUCCCAGCCCAGGCCCGCAGGCUCCUAUCUGCUGGCUGGCUUUCCUGGUGGGCAGCCUGGGCCCAGUUCUAGCAUCCAGUGGGGUGGAAAUUGACAAGUUCACCCAGCCCAGGCCUUUCUGGCCCCCUCUUGGGCCUCCCAGGAAGACUAGUGCAGCCCCUCAUCCCCACCCCCAUCUCCCACUGGUUUUGGUUUCUUGGUUGGGAGCGUGUUGCCCUAACCAUGGCUGCCGACUGGGCAGGGCUGCAGUUCACUUAGAGGAUGACAGAGUGGUAGGUGCUUGAGAGGAAAUAUGGAGUAGAAGGUUCUUUCAAAUGUUCAUGGAAUUGGUGAUGUCCAGAAAGGAAACCAAAAUAGACACAACUCUGGAAAUGGAUGGGAUGAGUGCAGACUGGGUGGGAAAAGCUACAAAUGGAGGUUUACUAGGGUAGUGGGUUGGUCAG